ACCUUCCAUUGUGAGUUUUGCAUUAGUGGGCAAUUUUCUCCUUCACUGAGAUUACUAUAUUUAUUACAACAAUCAAAUGUCGACGAGUCGCUCAAAAUGGUGAAAUAAUUCGCCUCUGUAAAUUUGCUCACUAAACCCUGACCAUCUUGCAGUUUACGAAAGGUGGCGGUAACGAGUCGUUGCGUGUCUUGAGACGACGCGAAGGUGUCCAUUGAGGGUUUACGACAACAACAAAACGCAGUACAGUAUAGUAAAAUGAUCGAUUACGCAUACUCUUAAACAUGACAAAAUUGAAUUCAUGAAUGGGAAACCAAAGUCCACCACAUUUUCACGUAAUGAAGACUCUGAUGGUGUUUGAUUUCGACCACACGGUGGUCGAUGACAACAGUGACACGUGGGUGAUCAGGUGUCUUCCAGGUCAAACGCUACCUGACACAGUGAAGAAUUCCUACAGAAAAGGCCACUGGACUGAGUUCAUGGGCAGAGUAAUGGAUUAUAUAGGCCAGCAGGAAGUGAGUGUGGAGAGCGUCCGUGCCGAAAUGGAGCGCAUCCCCUUGACGGCGGGAAUGAGUGAGCUGCUGACGUUCAUAUCAUGUAACAAGAGCGACGUGGAUUGCGUGGUCAUCUCGGAUGCCAAUGCUCUUUUCAUCGAAUGGAUCCUCUGUGCCGUUGGGUUGCGUUCGGCCGUGGACCGCGUCUUCACCAACCCGGCUGGAGUCAACUCACUGGGCCGCGUGGAAGUACGUCCCCAUCACGAGCACGACUGCCGCCGCUGCCCCGUAAACAUGUGCAAAAAGAAAGUUCUGGAGGAAUACCUAGCUCAACAAGAUGAAUACAGCCGCAUCUUCUAUGUGGGUGACGGCACCAAUGAUUUCUGCCCGGCCUCCUGCCUGAGGGGCCGCGAUAUAGUCAUGCCGAGGAAAGGAUACGCCCUGGAAAAGCUGCUGCAGGGCAAGAAGGAUGCUUUGGAAGCCAGAGUCAUUGCCUGGAGCAGCGGAACCCAAGUCCUACAUGAGCUACAAGCUUGUCUAAAUUCCACACCGGAUGUCAUCCUGGACUAACAGGUCUGAGGCUCCCAACGAACCGUCAUCAAUGCGUGACUCAAAUGGAACAAAAUUAAAACUAGACGCCCGUAGGUUCAUUUUCUCCUUUGUUAGUGAGAAGUCAUUGUUUACCAUACACCCACAUUCAAGGUUUCCUGAAAUAAAACGCACAUCUAUCCAGAACAAAUGCGCAAGACACUCAUAAUACAAACAGGAUUAAGUCAAAGUACAAAAAUAAUCAUUCUGCUGAGCUUAAUUUGCUACAUAAUGACAUUUUAUUUGCCGUUUCUUUGCUUUUGUGGACCACGUCAUUGUCCGCUUCUACUGCAUGCACUGAUUUGCAUUUGCUAGCUGAUAGCCAAUCACAGUGAUCAAUUGUCACCGACGGCCAACACCAUUUUGCAUACUGCAAUUGGUGGCAUAUUAAUUAAAAUCAUAUCCAAAAAGCACAACGACACAUGUAUUAAUUCUUCACAAUUCUAAACGCUGCUGUUUUUCCUCAGGUUUAUUCUUGCUUGUUUUAGGAAUGUAUGGAUUUUAUUUCCUGAAACCAUGACUGUAGGUGGUAUGAUAAAGAAUGACUUCUCAGCUAUAUCACUCACAUGCUAGGGUUGUUAUUAAAUGUUUUUAAUUGACAGUGUAAGAAUGUAAAGUUUUAUGUUAGUUUUUUUUUUUUUAUCAAUGACAGAUUAUGUAAGCGUCUACAUACUGAUCAACGAUGAUUCGCUCUUUAAAUUUGUAGCCAACGUAGAGUAAAUGAAUUGUGGCAGGGGAUCAAGGAAUCGAAUGAAACUGCAUCCAUGUGAAAAUGGCAGGAAAGUCACAGGCGAAUGCCAGAGCAAUACCUCUGAUGCAGCAACUUUGCGGUAUCCAUGUAAAAUAUUGACACUAUUAUCCCCUUUCACACAACAUGUCCUCAUUGUGAUUUAUAUGUAAAUUGCGGCAUUAAUUACGAGCACGGCAGAAGCAAUGACUGUCAAACUUUUUCAUCCUCGUUGCCAGCUAGCCGCGAUUGUCUCCUCCUCACCUGGUCUUGGGCCAGUGGAGCCUGCCUGCGAUGUCAUCUUCAAUGGCGUCAACUCGAGUGGGUUCUUGUGUUGAGAGGAGCAAAGCUGGACACCGGGCAUCUUGAUUGAGCAGCUUUUUGGCAGCUCAUCCAUCUGCCCAGUCGGCAUUCGUUUGGAAGAGCAUUCCGUUUGUAAAAUGAUGCCUGAACAACCAAAGAGGACAUUUUUAAACUACAAGAGGACAACACCGGAGUACGUUUCUUUCCGGUGAGAAAGAUGAGACAUUUUACAGGACAGACACACAGAUCACAAACAUACGAUUGUUGAUGAUUAAUAGUAAGCAAAAUUGCA